AACCGAUGUGCCUACAGUCGCUGUUUUUCACGAAAUGGUCACAUCGAUAAACCCUCUGCUUAAACAUUGACUGGUUUGUUUGUUUUUUUUCUCAUAAUAUAUAGUUUUUCCCGGUUUUCGUGACAAACAUGGCCUCGUUUGGAAAGUCUAUAGUGCUCCUAUUGUCAUUAGCCACCUUUGCGUACUCCUUGUACGUUGUGGGACGCCUCAUGCUGUUUCUCUCGACACCCCGCUCCAUUUCGAGGGCGCACACCUGGAUUUUCAAUUUACUGGACAACAAGUCCCGUUUGGAGACCGCCUAUGGGCCCGUGGUGUUUGACACACUCUACCUGUCGGGAUUCAUCUUCCAGCACAGCUUCCUUAAGUCAGCAUUGGUCAAGAAACUUUUGGCUAACUUGGGUUUGUCGGGGGCAGAGCGUACUAUUUAUAGCCUGACGUCAUCAAUUUGUUUACAUUAUUUGAUCCUGAAUUGGCUACCUGCACAGUCAAUUGUACUAUGGCAAAUUGACGUUGACGAGAGUGCUCCUCUGUGGUGGACCUUUGUGAUUACACACGGAUUAUGUUGGGUUGUGAUCUUUGGUGGCAGUUUGGUAAUGGAUCUCCCAGAGCUGUUGGGCGUGAAGCAGGCCUACUACGAUCUUAAGGCCUAUAGACCGCCCAUCAGUUACAAGUCCGCGGAAUUGCGCAAUCUGUAUGCCCAUGUGAGACAUCCUUCGUUUGUGGGCCUGACUGUCAUUUUGUUCGCCACCAACGUAAUGAGCCUGGAUCGACUAGUAAUGGCGCUGCUCCUGACCACCUAUAUGUACCUGGCCUGGUCAACGGAUCACAAGGAUGUGGCCUACCAGAAGGUACAACUGCAGCGAAAGAAGUUCGAACUAAAGGCUCAGUAAACUUAAUCUCUAUGUAUAUUCUCACUAAGAUUUAAUUGUAGUUUGACACGAGCUUGUAUUAAAUAAGAUUUUACUAACA